AAUUCCGCCCCCCGCGGCACUUCCGGUUGCCGGUGUGCUGCGGUGUUUGGGGCCCGGGCGGUGCCUGGAGCUGCCGGGACCAUGUCGGACACAUGGAGCUCCAUCCAGGCCCACAAGAAGCAGCUGGACUCGCUGCGGGAGCGGCUGCAGCGGCGGCGGAAGCAGGACCCGUUGGACCCGCGCAACCCGGAGCUGGCGCUGACGCCGCCCUUCCGCAGCGACAGCCCCGUGCUCGCCACCGCGCCCGCACCCAGCGCCGCCGCCGGCACCCGCGACCGCGACCUGGCCACCGACCCCGAGCUGGAGAAGAAGCUGCUGCACCACCUGGCCGACCUGGGGCUGGCUCUGCCCACCGACGCCGUCGCCAUCUGCCUGGCCAUCUCCACGCCAGAGGCCCCGGCCACGCCGCGCAGCGUGGAGAGCCUGCUGCAGAAGUUUGCCGCGCAGGAGCUGAUUGAGGUGCGCCGGGGGCUGCUGCAGGACGACGAGGAGCAGCCCACGCUGGUCACCUACGCGGACCACUCCAAGCUCUCGGCCAUGAUAGGUGCCGUGGCCGAGCGCCGGGGCCCUGCUGAGGCCGGGGCCGCCAAGCGCCGCGCGGACCAGGAGGGCGGGGGCGCUGUCUCCUCCCCGGCCGGUGCCACCCCCAGUGCCACAACCAGCGCAGAGCCUGCCAAGGAGCCAGCCAAGAAAUCCCGGAAGCAGGCGUCAGACCUGGACCUGGAGAUCGAGAGCCUGCUCAGCCAGCAGUCCACCAAGGAGCAGCAGAGCAAGAAGGUGAGCCAGGAAAUCCUGGAGCUGCUGAACACCACCACGGCCAAGGAGCAGUCGAUUGUAGAGAAGUUCCGGUCGCGCGGCCGGGCCCAGGUGCAGGAGUUCUGCGACUACGGCACCAAGGAGGAGUGCGUGAAAGCCACGGGCGCCGAGCGGCCCUGUCGCAAGCUGCACUUCCGGCGCAUCAUCAACAAGCACACGGACGAGUCGCUGGGCGACUGCUCCUUCCUCAACACCUGCUUCCACAUGGACACCUGCAAGUACGUGCACUACGAGAUCGACGCCUGCGCUGACCCUGGUGCCCCUGGCACCCGCGACCACAACCCCGGCCAGGAGCUGGCCCUGCCGCAAGCUGUGGGUGGCGACGCCAGCGCUGACCGUCUCUUCCCACCCCAGUGGAUCUGCUGCGACAUCCGAUACCUGGACGUGAGCAUCCUGGGGAAGUUUGCAGUAGUGAUGGCUGACCCGCCCUGGGACAUCCACAUGGAGUUGCCCUAUGGGACGCUAACUGACGAUGAAAUGCGGCGCCUCAACAUCCCCGUGCUACAGGACGAGGGCUUCCUCUUCCUCUGGGUCACUGGGAGGGCCAUGGAGUUAGGGCGCGAGUGCCUCAACCUCUGGGGGUAUGAGCGGGUAGACGAGAUCAUCUGGGUGAAAACCAACCAGCUGCAGCGGAUUAUCCGCACAGGGCGUACGGGGCACUGGCUCAACCAUGGCAAGGAGCACUGCCUGGUCGGGGUCAAGGGGAACCCCCAGGGCUUCAACCGGGGCCUGGACUGCGAUGUCAUUGUAGCAGAGGUCCGCUCCACCAGCCACAAGCCCGACGAGAUCUACGGCAUGAUCGAGCGCCUGUCACCUGGCACCCGCAAGAUUGAGCUCUUUGGGCGGCCCCACAACGUCCAGCCCAACUGGAUCACCUUGGGGAACCAGCUGGAUGGCAUCCACUUGCUGGACCCAGACGUGGUAGCCCAGUUCAAGCAACGCUACCCCGACGGUGUCAUCUCGAAGCCUAAGAACAUGUAGGGGACUGAAGGGGGAACCUUGCUCGUGGGGACUGUUUUGUAAUAAAAGAGAGGAUGGAAAGAG